AAUCUCAAAACUAAAAUAACAAAAAGAAAACAAACCCAAUAAGAGAAAGGGGUGCAGAAAUUAAAAACCAGGCGUGCUGAGCGAAAAUGUUUGGCCCAUGAUCAUAGGAGUGCAGCAGAUGAAAUCUGGGGUGACAUGUGGGAGAUGUUGGUCCAAGGCCCCUUUGUUUGCAGAAGAAGUGCGAACAGAGAAAACAGGGGGUACAGAGAUAAAUCAGGAGUGCGGCAGUGAAAUUGGAGGGUGCAUGCAGUAACUGCUGGUAUGAGUCCUGAUUCUUUUUUAGAAGUGCAGUGGGGUGUGAAAAUGAAACAGGAUGCUGCAGGAAAAAGAUUUUUAGACAGAAGGGGCUUAAGCCCAAGUAGAAGGUGGUGUAAAAUAUCAACAAAGGGUAGUGUAGAAGAAAAAGCUUUUAUUUUGAUGGACUCCAAAAGGGGCAUGGUGUGGUGAAAAGGGAAGAUAGGGGUGUAAACGGAGAAUGUUUUUUUUAUAUUUUUAUUAUUAUUAUUUUUUUUUAAAUUGGUUCAGAAGCAAAGAGGGGUUCUUCCCCUUUAUCUCAUUCUUUCGGCAGAUCAAGAGACACUUAAAGUCUCUCUUCCAAACGUGGCCAAGGGAGGGUUUUGCCUCUCCGCCUGCCUGCUGCCACCAACGGCUCCAACCACACUCCGAAUGGCCACCACGAACCGAUAGCCCGCCAUGUUCACGGCGUCACAGGAGCUGCAUCCUGUCACCACAAGUUGCAUCCUAAGGCGUCGAGAGCCCCAUCGCUUCCUACCGAAACCAUCACCGGAGUUGGCUUCCUCGCCGGCGCCACCAGCAACACCACCGCCGCCCUCCAGCAACACCAACACCGAUGGGAUUUUUUACAGGUUGGAUGCUCGGGUGGAAGAUGGAUUUUGGUCUUUGGGUUCUGUUGGUGAUUUCUUGGCUGAUGGAAAAUUGAUGAAAGAGUUGGAGAGGAUGAGGGAUGAAUUCCCCUCAAGAGGGAUGGAUGGACGACCUCCUUAUAGAAGGAAGAAAAUAAUUGAAAUCAGAGUAUCGGUAGAGAUGAUUGGAGGAGGCAUCAACAUGAUUUUUUCCUUAUUGGAUUGCUUGGUGAUCAUGGAAAAAUCCAAGAGUUGUUGGAAUUAAAAAAAGAAAUGCAGCUUCAAAUAGGAGAGUGAUGUGCCCACGGGAAGAAAUCAAUGAAACAAAACAAAAUGUGUAUUUUUUUUAUUAAAAGAAAGCAAGUGUGAUGUUCCUGCAAAGCAAAAUGAGAAAGUGCUUGUUCCUUUUUUUUUUUUUAA